AUGGUUCUCCACUGCAAAUUCUGCAGUAAAAAAUACCCUACUCAGAAACAGGUCAAGUCGCACCAGUGGCAAUGUAGGAACAACCCAGGACGCAAGAAGAGUAUUCCCGGGAAAAGGAAAUGGCGCGGAGAACAAAAGACAACACCAGGCCUCCGAGAUUCUGGCUUACCCAACGAUGGACUGGAGAGUGAUUUUGAGAUGGAGGAUCUUUCCGAUGGGGAUGAUAGUCCAAGAGACGCCAGCAUGAGAGGGAGUGAGCCAGAGGAUGCAGGGAUAGAGAUUGCGCAAGCUGACAAUGUGGAGAAUUCUAACCUUGAUGACGAAAACUUCGAUUUUGGCGACACGAGGUCCGCCCAUUCCCUGUCUCAGGCGCCGUUUGCAGCUGGGGCGUCUCGUGGUCCGACUCGGAUAGGCGCCGAUGAGCCAAUGGCGCCUGCCCCUGGCGCUCUCAUCUCCCGUGCACCAUCCCCAGCUCCAGAGUUAUCGAGUCAGACUUCUGAUAGCAGUCACUCAGGCGGCACCAAUGACGGGGGAUACUACACAGAACCCAAUUGCUACAAGAUCUUCCGGUACUACCCUCACGGAAAACCCUCCUAUAUCCCCGAUCAAUUUGUAACCCUCAACGACAUUGCGGAUGCACCUACAUUCGCUUCAUCACAUCGCGUUCCACCCCCUCAGCCAUCGUCGUCAGCCUCUACCACAUCAGACUCUACCCUAUUUCCAAACGAGACCACCCACAUGAUGAUGAACUGGUUUAUUGAGGGCGGAUCAGGCCAGCUCUCGAUUGGGCGCUUUGAAUCGCUCAUUGGUGUCAUGCAACAGCCCGAAUUCAAUCUCGAUGACGCGAGGGCUAUCCAGGUCAAGACAGAGCUUCGUCGAAUAGAUAAAUUCCGAAGCGGACCUGCCUCCUUAAUUCCUGCACCUGAUCCAUGGCUGGAGGGAUCCACGACAUUCCGCAUGGCUGCUUCUGGUGUCCGCCAUCCUUCAGAGGAGGAUGCACCCACAUUCACCAUUGAUGACAUAUGUUACCGCCCAAUACUCGAAGUCGUCAAGUCGGCCCUCCAGGAGCCCGCUGCGGAGAGGUUCCACCUUUUCCCGUACCGAGAAUUCUUGCUCAAACACGGCACAUUCCCCCCAACAUCUCCUCACCAGACUGACGAGCUCUUUUCGGAGCUCUACACCUCACCAGCCUUUCACGAUGAACAUCAAAAACUAGUAGACUCUACACCGCCAGGGGAGCUUGAGCCUGUGGUCAUUGCCAUUGCCCUCUAUUCUGAUGGAACCCAUUUAACCAGCUUCGGCAGUGCGACACUCUGGCCGAUUUAUCUCUACAUUGGGAACCAGUCGAAAUACGAGAGGGCAAAACCAUCAUCAUUCUCCGCCCAUCAUCUCGCGUAUAUCCCGGAACUUGACAAGACAUACGAAAAGGCUUUUUUCGAAGCCUUUGGGAAGCUCCCUAUUGCAGAGGAGAUGACACAUGCUCGUCGGGAGUUCAUUCAGGCAAUCUGGCUAUUCCUACUCAACCCUGACUUUAUGGUGGCUUACGAGCAUGGUGUUGAGUGGGAGUUUGCUGAUGGCGUUGUCCGUCGGUGGUUUCCACGUUUCUUCACACAUUCUAUGGACUAUAAAGAAAAAGUACUACACAUGUGCAUUAAAACCCUUGCACGGUGUCCAUGUCCUCAGUGCCUUGUUCUAAAAACGGAUGGUCCCAAGCUUGGAACAAAAUCGGAUUACAAGACCCGGGAUGAAAACCCUCGCGUUGAUACACAUGCUCGCCGGGUUACAGUGGAAAAUGCAAGGAAGAAGAUGUAUGUGAAAGGGAUUCCGAUAACAAGUACCUAUGUGCAGGAGAGCCUCUCGAAGACUUCACUGACUCCUACCCGAAAUGCAUUUUCAACUCGGCUUCACGAAUUUGGUUUUAAUUUCUAUUCGAUGGCCGUUCCGGACCUCCUCCACGAGUUUGAACUAGGUGUUGGCAAGGAGAUAUUCAUACACCUUAUCCGUAUUUUGAACGCGUAUGACCCUGCCAAGCUGCAGCAAUUAAAUGACAACUAUCGUGCUGUUCCAACUUAUGGCCGCAACACUAUCCGUCGGUUUCCAAAACGUGUUUCAGAUAUGAGGAAGCUAGCUGGGCGCGACUAUGAGGACAUUAUCCAGUGUGCAGUUGCCUGUUUCGACGGCCUUCUUCCCAAAAAGCACAAUACUGUGGUGCUGGACCUUCUAUUCGAGCUUGCUACAUGGCAUGGGUUAGCCAAGUUACGUCUUCACACAUCCACUACCCUUAAUGCCCUGGAGACCUCCACUACCCGACUCGGGCAGAGAAUCCGCCGGUUUAUUUCUGUUACUUGCAGUGCAUUUGACACCCGGGCCCUUCCAAAAGAGAUCCUCGCAAAGGCAAAACGACGAGCCAAGGCUGUGGAGAGGAAGGGAAAGGGAAAGGCAGCUACUACACCGAAGAAUUCAGGGCCUAAAAAGCACCACUUCAAUCCAUAUACAUACAAACUACACUCACUCACACAUUAUGUUACAGCAAUUAGGAGGUAUGGCACCACUGAUGGAUACUCAACGCAGACGGGCGAGUGCGAGCACCGGCGUGUAAAAAAGCUGUAUGAAAAGUCCGAUCGCCGUGAUUACACGCAAGGGAUUGCCAAGCUCCAGCGACGCGAGCGUAUUAUGCACCAGUUCAGAGCAUCUAGAAAGAAGGGUCAAGCCAUGAAGACGAAAGGCGAGCCGCUGAAAGGUGUUAGGGCGUCAGUCGACUUCGAUAUAGAUGAACCCUUACCCGAUGGCGCUCCCGAUCUCCCCUACCAGAUGUCGCAUGAAACCAAACGCGCGUGCCAGUUGUACUUUCCGCAAUGGAAGCGGGACAAUCCGAAUGACCCAGCCCUGAGGACUUUCUAUCGGGAUCUACUCACGCACCUGCGUUUGCGCCUCAUGGGCCUCCCUUAUGACGGUGACGAUGAACACCAGUUCACCGAUGAGGAGCUCGCCCAGGUCAUUAUUGUUGAUGACAUGCUCUUCCGCCACAAGGUCCUUCGAAUCAAUUACACAACAUAUGAUAUGCGACGAGAUCAAGACUCACUAAAUUCCGGACGACACGCUGACAUCAUGGUCCUUGCCCACGAGAAUUCGGACACUUCAUACUGGUUUGCCCGGAUUUUGGGUACAUUCCAUGUUCGAGUGCUGUACACUGGACCUGGUGCACCACCAGGGCCUGCACGAGAGCGCACCAUGGAUUUUGUAUGGGUACGAUGGCUGGCCAAGGCAGCUGACUACGAGGGAGGGUGGGCGAAGAAGAGGCUUCCCCGAGUAGGUUUCAUCAACCCCAAGAAAGACGACUCACCUGCGUUCGGCUUCCUGGACCCCAAGCACAUCAUCCGAGGAGUGCAUCUCAUUCCUGUUUUUGGAAAGGGAAGGUCAAGCAACGGAAUGCGGAAUACCAUUGCGAGGCCCGAGACCGACAAUGGGACUGACUGGAACUAUUUUCAUGUCAACAUAUUUGUUGAUAGGGACAUGAUAAUGAGGUUCCGGGGGGAUGGGGUAGGCCAUAUUGCAACCCACGAUGCAACGAAGGCACUGCUGAGGGACCGUGAUGCGCUCGACAUCCCCCCAGACCCCGGCACAGAGUCUAGUGGUAGUAGUCAGGGCAUGGAAACAGGGAGCCCGGAAGAGGAUGAAGAGAUGGAUGCUGGAGAGGAUGAGGAUGACAAUGAAGAAGGCGAUGAUGGCGAAAACGAAGACGACGAUGGCGAAGACGACGAUGAGGAUGAGAGCGAAGAUGAUGAUGAGGAUGAGAGUGAAGACGACGAUGGUGAUGACGACGACAGUGAGACCAGUGAUGGUGACGGUGGCGACAGCGGGGAAAGCGACCAUGGCGAUGACACAGGACAGGAAUCUGGAACAGACGAGGGAUCUUGGGAUGGCGAUGACGACGAUAGGUUUAUUGAUCCAGAUGACCUCGGGGCUGAGGACGGUGAGGACAGAGGUGAUUUACUUGACGAGUUGGAUUAUGCGCCCCUUUGA